CCUUUCUUUCGGUUGCUGUUUCUUGCUGCUUGUCCAAGAGAGUUUCCAGCAUAGAGCAGCUCUAGAGCUCCUAGAGUUGAUGGUGGAACGCACAGACUCCAUGUUCGUACUUUAAAUGCCACAAAGACAUAGAGGAUUGUCAUAGUGCCUGCUCCUAUUCAUACUGCACACCAUGAGCACACUCUGCCUGCAUGAUGGACACCCUCCCUUGGAUUUGUGUUACGGUGCUCGCAAUCUUACUCCUCCGUGACACUAGCAUCUAAAUAGCACGUCUUUGCAACUGGAAUUUGGACAGCUCCUUCUAACCCUGGUUGUAAUUUGCCUUUGCGAGAGAGAGAGCGAGAGAGAGAGCGAGAGAGAGAGAGAGAUAAACUGACGUUGUCGAUGAAUAUGGCCGCUUCUUGCUGUGGUGGGCCUAAUCAACCAACAGCAGAUUACACAGAGACGGAUCCGCCAUCACAUGUUACCAUGUUUUCCCAUUUUGAAAAAUUCCGGACCAUCGUUUGUGUGCGAGAGCUGCCUAUGGAACUAUUUCCAAACCUGCCGUGAAGGCAUUGGAUCCUAAGCCCACAAGGGUUAGAAUUAGCUAAUUAUUCGCUGUGUAUGAUAAUCGCGUAAAUCCUCCUCAGAGGGAUUCAGUGAGAGAUUUCGAAGUUUAAGAUCCCUUUCGACAGAUUCCUCAAUCUGUAGGCUAGAUUCUCUCAGACCUACUGGGAGCACAAAUAUAUGACUCUUCAAUUAUUGUUAUUUUUUUCCGAAAGUGUAGUCGAAGUGAAGCACGGCAUCCUGAGGUGGGAACAUCAAUCGUGCCCGGGUUUCAUCGCAUUUCACCAUCUUAAUCGCCACCUACAACAGCUGCAGAGCCAUUUUAACAAUUCGUACAUACUCCAGAGUGGAAAUCCUCCGUCUUUUAAAGGCGUCUGGUGGUUUGAGCCUCGAAGCAGAAAUGGCCACGCUCCAGGAACCAGGUACUUCGGAGACAGCAGCAGUGAACCGGGCUGAACGACCACGCGUGGUAGGGCACGGCCCUGACGAUCAUGCUGCUGAAGCUGUGAAGCACGCUGUCACUGGUCCAGCGGUAGCGCCCGAAGUGGUCGAUCGCAGUGGCGUGGAACGACCUGGAGUAGCACCCCAGUCUCUCUUGCCCGGCGCUACCCACCCUCGGCACCACAACAAUGGCGAAUUCGUCGGGCGCACCGAGGAGGAAUUAGCGCACCUGCGCUCCCGGAGUCAAGUGACAAAUGAAGGCGAGGUGUAUUGUCCUAAUCCCAACAUCCGAGAUCUGCCCAAGGAGUUCGAGACGAGGGUGACGAUUAUUCAGAGAUACCCUGAGAUGCGAACCAUCGAGAAAACGGACUUCGUGAAGGAGAUCCACCAUGAGGAUCGCACCAUCAGAGUUCCGAAGACGCGAGUUGUCAUGGACGAGGUUGAGCACAUCGAUCGCGUCCCUGUUGUGCGACAGGUGCCCAAGACUAGAAUUGAGAUUGUCCACAGGGUGGUUACAGAGGAGCGCGAGGUGACCGAUAUAGUGCAAGUUGUGGAGUACAUUGAAGUACCGAGAAUCGAGAUGGUGCCCCGAGUGAUCACUGAAGCUGUGGAGGAGAGAGUGAUUGUGCCGGUAGUGAGAGAGGUUCCAGUUACGCGCAUGGUUGAAGUACCCACUGGAAACUAUGUUGAGGCGCCCGUGGGAGAAUUCGUAAACCCGGGAGACUUUAACCUUCUCAGCCGCAGGCACCGCAAGCACAAAUCCAAGCCCCACAGUGGCAGGUUUCUUCUCCGCUCGAAAAGUUCAUCAUCCUCUUCAACAUCAGAUGAUGAAAAGAAAGCGGUCCGUGCAAGCAUUUCCGGAGAGGCUGGGGGAGAGCCACAUCUGCACCAGAACCCAGAUGGAACCACUUCGACCGAGGGCAUCAGUCCCUCGUCAUCCAAGAGGAAAAGCUUACUGCAGAGAAUUAUUCACCACUAAGACUCACUUAUCUGCUAAUCACCAACCCGCAACCCCCCCUCAAAGCCUCUUUGAUUCAAUCGUUCGAGAGUCUCACCGCUUAAUGCGAGGCAAGACGGUUGGUAGCGCCCCACGUCGUCGGUGGAAUGGCUCCUUUCAUUUGAUUCGGGUUAGAAGGUGGCAAGUACCCAUCGAUCGAUCGAGAGAUAUUAGUAUACCUCCACCUAGAUUUAAUCUCGCAUGUGCUUAUUACCACACUGUACAAUGGCCAAUUGUUGUAAGUUACGAUUCUUUAUACUUAGGCGAGCUAUGUAACACCGUCCA